AAUCGGUGAACCACCGUGACUCAAUUUCACUAGAAUGAUCUCAGCGACACUACUGUCACAGCUGCCCCAGGAUUUGCGGAGGCUGGUCCGGGGAGUGUUGAAUCGUUCGGUCGCAGACUUUGAGAAGCUGUGUGAUCGACUUCCAGGUUGCUCCGCAUCUGAGCUAUGUAUACUGCAGCCAGUGCUCUACAUGUAUCUUGACCCAGACCGCAUUCCUGAAAAGCCAACUCCAGCCGUUACCACUGAUAUCGAGCUCGUCUACUGGUCACUUCUCGCGAUUGUUGUGACCUUGGGCUAUAUCGAUGGUUCUGGUGCCGAUUCACCGGCAGGCUCGGAAAAGCGGUAUCUUAUUUCCUCCUGGAACUGUGUCACUCCAUGGCUUGUGUUCUUUCACGACAAGUUCAUUAUGUGCAGAGCCAACUAUCGACCCAUUGACAGGAUGUCUGUCAUCAAGAUUGUUACUAGCUUGCUAUUCCAGGUUCCGGUCAUUGGAGGCAACCGCGACGGAACCACAGGAGUACCUAUCAUUCCCAUCCUUUAUCGCCCGAUCGCGGAGUUGUGGCUUUUAGCCCUGAAAACCAAAGACAAGGAUGUAGUGUGCUUGUCAGUGCAUUCCGGCGCUCACAUCACUUCUUUUCGAGUUUUCGGCUCCUUUUUAGUUGCAGAAUGCAUUCGCAACGAAUCCUUUGUGACCAUACUACUCGAUGUGUCAGGUGUCAUUGACACCGUCACUUCUGCAGCUCUGAAGUAUGUCAAGAAUAUACGAUUGAUGGCUAAGGACCCCGAUAUAGCCUCCAACGCUUUCAAGCUCAAUCUGCUUGUACCGAUGUUUUCGUGCUGUGUUGGAAUUAUUGCAACAACGAGCAUGCAUAGUGCUGCGAUGCGGGAAGCAUACAUCCUCCACCGGUCCAUCAAAGAGAUUUUCUCGGCUCUCCGUGUUCUCCAGUCUCUUCCCCCGGGCGGAGGGAGCAUGGUGCAGGCCCUCGGCUCAAGUUUUGCAUACCUCGUCUUUCUCCUUAAACGUGCCGACGACCCUGUCUCAGCGUUCCAUCAAGCCCUUCGCGCACACGCCUUCGAAACAAUGGUACACAUAGGUCCUUCCGGACACCUGGAGGUGCAGGAGGAGGUGGAGGCGGAUCCUCAUAAGAUCAACGAGAUUUUUUUCUUGAUCUUAUUCAGCUACGUUCUUCACAACAAAAUCUUGACCUACGCCUGCAAACAUGUGGACGCCUGGUCUGAUAAUCUCGGACCAAUCGUGAGACAGGAUGGACAUCUCUGGGAUGUCUGGUCCAAAACAGAGCAGAUGAUACGAUCAUGUGGAAUAUCCAGGUCCGGGGCAGAAAUGACACAGUGGCCAUCACCAAGUGAAAAGGGCUGGGUUCUACAAGUCAGUCGUAGACUUCAUUGCUUCAUCCCUGCUGAUUUGUCGACUUACUACCAGUGUUCCUGCGGUGGUACUGCGGAAGACAUUCAUCUUAGGCAAUGCGCGGGAUGUCAGGUUGUACGAUACUGCUCAAAGCGAUGCCAACGUGAUUCCUGGUAUAGUCACCAUAAAUUGAGCUGUAAUUUUUUGAAGGCAGCUGUCGGCUCAUCGACACCACACCACGUAAAACGUAGUCUGUGUCUGCUAGCCGCUCUAGAAGAAGGCCAUAUGGAACGCAAGUGGGACAAUAUUCGGAGGUUGGUCGCCGCUGCGCAGUGUGAAUAUCCGAAAGAUCGGGAACGACUUGUGGUCGAGCUCGCUCUUGAUAGGAACACAGACUCAGUUCGACCUCUUCGACACUACCUCUUCCUGUUCAAUGGGCUCUCUGAAAAUGAGAUCGUGGACUGCUUAUCAUCAUCCUGGCCAGAUCCGAGGGGCUACCUUCGACAACUAUUCUUUUGUUCGGUUGUCACGAUAAACGAUCGAUAUUUGUCACGGCAAUUUUUAUUCAGUCCUCGUACUGCGUUAGACAUGGAGAUAGUGCCGCAAUCGCUCAGCCGUAACCGCCAGUGUGUGUGAAUUGUUGUAUAUUGUUCGGUGGGUCUUGCUUGUAUCGGGUCAGGUUGCCGGCACCAUGGGCUGGAGAGAGACCCCCGACAAGGAUAACGCAGUCAUAGCACUUCUGAUUUUUAUCAUUGCUAGUUAGUAGUACGAACAUUAUUCGACUAUGCUUUCGCUCUGUUUACGGUAGUACAGUUUACCCCUCACAUAUAUCUGCACUUCAAUUGGAGCUAUUUAUACUUGUC